GCACGGUUGGUAGUUGGUGACGGAGAUGGCUAAAGCACACAAGUCAAAGAAUCAGCUACGUCGUGAAAGGCUCAAACAGAAGAAACUUGAAGAGCAGAGUGCUUCUACGGAUGAGAAGAAAGACCACGAUGAGCUGAAUCAAGGACAAAAACAGUCGCAGCGCUCUAGUACAAGGGCUCACCUUGAGGUUAUAGUUGAUGCUCCAGAGCUAUCCCAGUUCACAGACGUUUUUAACAAGUUCCACAGUGUCGAGACUAGUGACGGUGAUGAAUCCGAUACUCCGCGAGCAACGAAUGAAAGAGGUGAGAUUCUGGAGAACAGUGAUGACGAUGACGAUGAUGCUGGUGGUGCUGGAGGUGCUCUCACAGUGACACAGGAUGAAGAGCCUCAGAUGAGCAAGAGGAAACUAAGGAAGGCGAACAAGAUACCACUAUCCAGGUUGAAGGCCACUUCCAAAUAUCCAGAAUUGGUUGAGUGGUACGAUGCAGAUGCUACGGAUCCUCUACUGGUUGUUCAACUGAAGUGCCUGAAGAACUCUGUUCCCGUCCCAGUGAACUGGCAAUUCAAAAGAGACUACCUCAGUGGGAAAAGAGGGUUUGAGAAAAGUGCUUUCAAACUACCAAAAUUCAUAAGUGAUACUGGCAUAACUGAUAUGAGAGAUACUACAAAGGAGGAUGAAUCCAGCCUAAAACAGAGGCAGAGAGAAAGAGUUCAACCAAAGAUGAAUAGGUUGGAUAUGGAUUACCAAAAGCUCCAUGAUGCCUUUUUCAAGUUCCAAACCAAACCAAGGCUAUACGCGUUUGGUGAUGUAUUCUAUGAGGGUAAGGACAUGGAGGAGAGCUCACACUUGGAUUUCAGACCCGGUGUCAUCAGCGAUGAAUUAAGGUCAGCCCUGGGUAUAUCUAAGGAUGGCAUCUUACCAUGGGUCGCAAAGAUGUCUAUGUACGGGCCUCCACCCAGUUAUCCGUAUAUGAAGAUACCAGGUUAUAACGUUCCAUUGGGUGAUGAAGGAGUCGUUGAUAAUCCACUAAGUGCCUGUGGAGAUGUGGAGUUGGAACCAUUUGGUAAGGUGAUAUCAUAUGAAGAAGAUGAGGAGGAAGAUGAGGACGACGAGGACGAAGAAGUUGAAGAUGAGAGUGAUAACGAUGUUCCUGGAUACGUGAAUGAUGAAGGGGCUGUUGUUGUUGAUCAGAAUGAUUUGGCACCGUCAAUGGAUACUCUUAAUGAUGCUGAAGAUGAAGAAAACGACGAGGAUGAGGAUAUCCCACUAUCCACCUUGGAAACUCGUACUACUGAGAAAGAGUCGAUUGAACCAAAGAAUCUAUACCAUAUCUUGAAGGAGAAGAUGGUGUCAAAUAACGGUGUCCUGUCUACAAAACGUGCCUACGACCUUGGUAAUGAGAAUAACGACAAAACGGUCAAAAAGCCUCGUUCUGAAGCGAAACAUGAUACCAACGAAGACGGAGAUGAAGAAGAUGACAACGGUAAGUUCAAGUUCUAAUAAAAUACAUCAUUUGUUAUACAUUCACAGUAAAUGUCAACCUCA